AUGGCCACUUUCUUUGAAUUCAUCGCUGACUACCACCACUCCAAGAUCCGCAAUAAACGGCUGGCCAAGCUUGGUUCCCAAGCGUCAAAUACAGCUCAAUCCAGCUCCCGGUCGCCGUCUGGUGAAAACGAUUCGGAAGCCAUGACCUCCUCUCCUGUCCGAGAACCCACAUCCCAAAGACCGCAGAUCAGUAUUUCAAGCAGCCAAGCUCCGUCAUACCCGCCAACAUCAUCGCAGUCAGAUAUGCGACAACCUAACGAAGAGGCACCUCGAAUACGAAUCGGAGCUCAACCGUCCCAAAGCAAGGCGAAGUCUCCCGAUGUGUCCGGUACCACCACACCUCGAGUACCCCCGCAAUCUAGUGAGACAAUUAAAGAUUUUGAGGACAAGACAUUGAGAGCUGUCUUUCGAGUUACGCUGGAUGAAAGUCGACGUGUUGAUGUUCAAGGGCAGAAGCUUAGUUAUCUCGUUGGGCUAGUGCAAGAACUUCAGGAGCAGGGCCAGGCACUCCGUAUGAAUAUUGACGUUUUAGAUCAGGCGCUUCUCGAAGCUGCAUCUAACACCGACAAUGGCAAACCCAUGGAAUACUUGCUUCCAUGUUGGAAGAGGGUAACAAGGCUAUAUAAAGGAUUCCGAAAGCAGAACGCGGAUGACCGCAAGUAUGUCAUAGUUUCGGAGGCAAGACGACUGUGCAUGAGUUAUUGUAUUUUUGCGGCGACAAUUCCGGAGAUGUUUGGCCUUGGGACCCCUCCAUCUUCUACGCUCAAACCUCACCUCCUUCGAGAUCCGGAGGAUGACUUGGGGCUAUGUCACGACUUUAUUACAGAAGCCGUUAAGAGAUCGAAUGAAGAUGAAACGAUUCUUCCUGCUUUCGUUGGAGCUGUUGAAGAAAUGAGCCAUGACCUUUCUAGCUUAACUUUGAACAUGGAUUACAAACCCUAUGUGAUGGCACUGCGAAACCUUGUCCGGUUUCCUCCAUUGGCUGUCGCCAUCACUGAGUCGGAGCUGCUGAACACUCCUGUCAAUGCUGAGCAAUUCGAAACUGCGACACUUCUUGGACCCUGGUUUCGCCUCUCUCCUUUGCAACGUGAUGUGCCACUCAAUUACUUUUCAAGCCCCAAAACUCGGGACCAGGGAUUUAUAGUCAACUCACAAAGAGCAGUGCGCAUGAUGCAACAAUUACUUAGUUCAGAUCUGUUGGAUAUCAUCAACCAGCUUAUCCGAGCUUCGAAAUCCGCAAGGGAACGUGUCCUUGACUGGUUUGCGGCAUCCGUUAACCUCAACCACAAGAGAAGAGCACUUCAAGUUGAUCCCAAGACAGUCUCUUCGGAUGGCUUUAUGUUUAACAUCACGACAUGCCUCGACCAACUCUUCAAUAUGAGAGAUGAAACCAAGAUUAAUGCUGACCAGCACGCUUCGGAUGCAUUUUAUGACCAAGUCGAGGAAGGAACAUCAAAUUUCAUUACUGAAAUAUUUUUCUUGACUGUCGCUGCUCACCACUAUGGUAGCGAAUCGUUAACGGCAAAGUUGGAGCAACUGGAGAAAGACCUUCGCCAUAUGGAAACCCAAAUUGAUAAGUUGGAACUUGAGAGACAUAAGUGGAAGUCUAAUCCAAUUCAGCUCAGAAUGUUUGAAGACGCGUUGAAAAAGUACAAAGACAAAUUUGAUCUUGGUCUUUCGUUCAAGUACACCUUACAAGGCAUCUUACUAGACGAUAUAUGGCAGGCCCGGUCUAUGCAAGUUAUGCGAUACGUCAUUGUUUGGCUCUUGCGAAUUGCAUCAGGUCGUAAUUUCCCGACGGAGGCUCUGAAACUACCGCUUCCUGAAAACCAACCAGAUAAUUUCAAAUGUCUCCCUGAGUACUUCGUGGAUGAUGUUGUCAGCAGCUUCAAAUUCAUCAUGUGGAGUAUGCCUCAUGUGAUAACCUCCACGCAAGGUGAUGAGUUGAUCAUGCUGUGCAUCACAUUUCUGCAGAGUUCGGAGUAUAUCAAAAACCCGUAUCUCAAAGCUGGAUUGGUUACGAUACUCUACAGAGGGACCUGGCGACGGCGUAAUGGUUCCAGGGGCGUUCUUGUUGACCUCCUCAAUUCCUUACCUUUCGCCACAGAGCAUCUACUUCACGCCUUGAUGAAAUUUUACAUAGAAGCGGAGUUUACAGGGACACAUACGCAAUUUUUUGACAAGUUUAAUAUUCGAUACGAGAUCUUCCAGAUUAUCCAAUGUAUCUGGCCGAAUCCUGUCUACCGAGACAAGCUUCAUAAUGAAGCCAACUGGAACCUUGACUUCUUCGUUCGCUUUGUUAACCUCCUUUUGAACGAUGUUACAUUUGUACUCGAUGAAUCCUUUACGGCUUUCUUGACGAUUCAUGAUCUGCAAGUUGAGCUUAGGCGCGAAGGAUCUAAUAUGGAGCAGAAUGUUCGCCAGCAAAAGGAAGAACAACUCGCUGCGGCACAAGGCCGAGCAAAAUCUUAUAUGCAGCUCACAAAUGAAACGGUGGCCAUGCUUAAACUCUUCACGGAGGCAUUGGCUGAUUCAUUUACAAUGCCCGAGAUCGUACAGCGCCUUGCUGACAUGUUGGAUUACAAUUUAGACGCUAUGGUUGGCCCCAAGAGCGCAAACCUCCGGGUUGACAACUUGGCGGAGUAUGGCUUCAAACCCAGGUCGCUUCUAAGUGAGAUUGUCGAUGUGUACCUGAAUCUUAUGGACAAAGAAAACUUUGUCGUGGCUGUUGCCCGUGAUGGCCGAUCCUAUAAGCCGUCGAACUUUGAAAAAGCAGCUGAAAUCCUCCGUAAAUGGGCACUGAAACCGCAGGAGGACCUCUCCAAGUGGGAACAACUGCAGACCAAAUUCAGGGUUGCCAAGGAAGCCGAUGAGCAAGCUGAAGAGGAUCUUGGAGAUAUUCCUGACGAAUUCCUAGAUCCCUUGGUGUAUACUCUCAUGGAAGACCCUGUUAUUCUUCCUAGCUCUAAGGUUUCCAUUGAUCGUUCUACCAUUCGAUCCCAUCUUCUCAGUGACCCAAAUGAUCCAUUCAAUCGGGCCCCAUUGAGCAUCGAGGACGUUAUUCCUGAUACGGAGAUGAAAGCUAAAAUAGAAGCUUUUAAAGCCGAGAGAAAGGCUGCAAAAUUGGCAGCAAUGACUGCCUCUGCUCUUGAAACCAUGGAUACGACUGAUGGCUAA